AUGGCGGCCUCAAUGAAAUUCCUAGAAUCUCUAUUCAGUCUCGCAGGCAAGACCGCCGUCGUCACCGGCGGUAGCUCGGGAAUCGGGCGCGAGAUGGCCGCAGCCCUGGGCCAAGCAGGCGCCCAGGUCAUCAUCCUCGCCCGCCGCCAGCAACCGCUCUCCGACACCGUCCUCGACUUCAAGAAGCUCGGAAUCGAGGCGCACGCCUUCUCCUGCGACGUCAGUGACCCCGACGCCCUCGCCGCCACCGCCGCCGCCAUCGAGCAGCAGCACGGCGGCGUCCCGGACAUCCUCGUCAACGCCGCGGGGGUCAACCACCGCCCGCCCAUGGAACAGCUCACCCUCGGCGACUGGCAGGCGACCAUGGCG